UCUUCCUCCUUUAUUCCUUUAAAAAAGACAGUUAUCUAGGGAACAAAGUAACUCACCUUCAUCCCCCGUACUUUUGAUUAAGUGCCAUGUUUGUCUGAUCCCUGCUUACUAUGAGAGAGGAUAACAAAAUCAAAGCAGGUUUGUUAAACGUCUUUAGAUAACCACUUAAGUUUAGGCGGUUUCCCCAAGAUUUUCGUUGAUACUUUCCUUUCACUUUUGCUUAAAGGAGGAUUGGAUGAGCCAAAUUAUUCAGAGAGAAAUAAUUACAGAGUUGUUGCUUUCAGUCCCCCCUUCUGAGAAGUUUGGGAUAGGUCUCUGGAAGAUGCUUUUCAGGUCCUCAUUGCCUGAGAACCAGCACUGCUCUAUGUCAAACGUAACAAUGGAGUUACAGAGCUAUAAACCAGCUGACAAACAGCAUCGUUACACCAUGGUAUCGUCACUAAUUCCUGCCCUGCUAGAUUGUCUGCUGUUUGUUGUGUAAUGUAGUGGCUAUACAUGACAUCCUUCCAAUUUGCACAGACCAAGAUAUGUGUCAGCUGUAUUAAUAACACAGCAAGGCUUGCUAUCAUAUGCUUGUCUGUGAUGCAAGAGUCAGGCACUUCGAGCUGAGGGUUACCACAGGUUUCCUCAGGCUGGAAAAUGGAGGGCAUCAGAGGUUUGGUCCGUGAUUGAAUGCACAUUUUGGGUCUCUGGCUGCAAACCUGGGAAGAAGAUGACAAUGCACAAGGAAGAACCUCAGUACAGAAAUGCUUUGAUGGUUGGAAUUGAAACAUUUAAUUCAAAGCUAUCUCUGACUGUGCUGCUCUUCUUUCUCUCUGCAUGCUCAUCCCACAAAUCGUGUGUGCUGUUCAACAGACAGAACCUUCUCCAUGCAACUUGCUUACUGUAAAAAUCAUACGGAUGAAAAAUGCCAGGAAAGCAGACUUAUUAACCCAGUCUGAUUGCUACGUGAGUCUGAGCCUACCAACAGCUUCAGUGCAGCGAUUCCGCACCAAGACAGUCCAGAACAGCAAGAACCCCACAUGGAAUGAAACCUUCCACUUCACGAUUCAGAGCCAGGUUAAGAACAUUCUGGAGCUACAAGUUUGUGAUGAGGAUAAUGCAACUCAAGAUGACCAUCUCCUCACUGUUUUCUUUGAUGUGUCCAAAAUCCAGCUUGGAGAAAACGUUCAACUAUGUUUCCAGCUGAAUCCGCAGGGAAAAGAGGAGCUGGAGGUUGAAUUCACGAUGGAGAGCAGUCCGGAUCCUCCUGAAAACAUUGUUACUAACGGAGUUUUAGUGUCCCGCGAGGUUUCCUGUUUGGAGGUGCAGGUGAACGGCGGGAGGCUGAGCAAGGACAGCACGGAGAGAAAGUUCGCAUUAACUGUGGACGGGUCGUUUGAAGGAGCCCAGACCCACACGCUGAGCUCCUGCUUCUGUCCAACCUCCCCGACCAGGUUCCACUGCAUCAAGUACAACCAGUCGGCGCUCACCGUGGCCCUGCCGCGGCGCAGGCGGCUCAGCAGGUCUAUAUCAAGUCAAAAUGAAAGGGAUAUGAAUGGGUCCGUGACUCUAGCUCUGAACUCGCUUCCUAUACAAGAGAAAAUAACAAUAGCAGAGGACAGGACAAUUGACUUGUACACAAAGGCAAAUGAAUGGACUCAGGGUCUGUGUUUCAGGCCAAGAAACCUAGACGCCCGCCUGGGGUUCAGCCUGUGUGCCGAUGAACAGGUUUUCCUGCAAAAGCGGAGGAAGGUGGUCGCUGCUGCGCUGAAGGAUGUUCUUCACCUGGACGAAGAUCUGCAAGAGCACGAGGUGCCUAUAGUGGCUGUGACCACAGCAGGAUGUGGGAUAAGAGCACUCACUGCCAUGUACGGCAGCAUAUUGGGUCUUCAGAAGUUGCAUGUUCUGGAUUGCGUUUCAUACAUCAGUGGUUCGUCUGGCACAACAUGGACAAUGACAAAACUGUAUGAAGAUGCUGAUUGGUCACGUAAGGAUCUUGGAGAAAUAAUCAUUGAAGCUCGGAAGCAAGCAGCCAAGUGCAAGAUGGGGGCUUUUUGCUUGAGAAGUCUGAGGAAUUAUUACCGAGAGCUGAGCCAAAGGACCCAAGCAGGACAUAAAACAUCUUUUAUUGAUCUGUGGGGGCUCAUGAUUGAAUCCAUGUUAAAUGACGGGAAAUGCUACCACAGGCUUUCUGAUCAACGUCGGGCAGUGAAUCAGGGUCAGAACCCGCUGCCCAUCUACCUUGCCCUCAACGUCAAGGACAAAGUUGCCACUAAAGAUUUUAGAGAGUGGGUGGAGUUCACGCCAUACGAGGUGGGCUUCCUGAAGUACGGCGCCUUCAUUCGGGCAGAGGAUUUUGGCAGCGAGUUCUUCAUGGGUCGCCUGAUGAAGAAGCUCCCCGAGUCCCGGAUCUGCUUCAUGCAAGGAAUGUGGAGUAGUAUCUUCUCCAAAAACCUCUUGGAUGCCUGGCAUGCAGCUGACAAUUCGGAGGACUUCUGGCACAAGUGGACCCAAGACAAAGUGACUGAAAUAGAGGAACAGCCAGACUUGCCCGAGAAGCCGUAUGAGAUGGCUACAUGCAUGUUCACUCCUACGAGUGGUCUCUCCACGGCUCUCCGGGAUAUCCUGACGGACCGCCCUGCUGUCUCCAAGUACCACAACUUCCUGAGAGGCUUCCAGAUGCACAACGAGUACAUCCAGCAGGAGCACUUCACCAAAUGGAAAGACACUUUGCUAGAUGCGUUGCCUAAUGAUCUGAGAGGCAACUCAGAGCACCUGGAGUUGGUGGAUGCAGCUUUCUUCUUUGAAACGAGCUGUCCACCCCUUAUGAGACCAGAGCGGAAAGUGGACGUCAUCAUACACUUAAAUUACACUGGUGGAUCACAGACCUUGCCCCUGGAGCAGGCCUGCAGAUACUUCACAGAGCAGGGAAUUCCAUUUCCCAGUUUCGGGCUGAAGGACGAUGAGAAGAACCUGAAAGAGUGCUAUAUGUUCGAUGGUGCAGACACCCCAGGAGCUCCUCUGCUGCUUUAUUUUCCUUUAGUGAAUGACACCUUCCAAAGAUACGUAGCACCUGGCAUGUCACGUAGUGCUGCUGAAAUGGAACUCGGCAAGGUUGAUAUCUCCAGUUUCUGCUCUCCUUACUCAACGAGGGAGGUCUCGCUGAAAGCAGAAGAUUUCAACAAGCUCUUGAAGCUGACUAAUUACAACAUCAUGAACAACGAGAACAUGAUUCUUCAGGCCUUGCGCAUGGCUGUGGCACGGAAGAAACAAGCUGUGAGCCAGCCAGUACCACAGGCACAGUCCUCUGGUUGAACAGCAUUUUCCUCACCCUUACUGAGUAUUUACCAUGACUGCACAUAUGGAAUAGCUACUUCACUCUUCUUGGCAGGUGCCAUCUCUUCCUAACUAACCUUCUCAAAAAAAGAAAACUUGAUGUGUUUGAUUCAUAGCCGCAUGGUUGGGUUUACUAAGCAGUAGUUGCUUUUCGAUCCGGAGUUGUGAUAUCAAACACAGCAGUCUAUGUUCAUGCCAUCUCACUGUGAUGUUCAAGAGGCGAAGAUUUAGCUCUGUGUGAUUGGGAAACAGUUUUAGCUCUCUGUCUCCGCAAUCUCUUACUGUCUUGAUGGCUAGUCACUAGUAUAUUUUCAACUGCAAAAUAUUCUGGCAUUUUGUUGGGACCAUUGGCAGCAAAUCCAUGAAGCCCUCAUCACCACCUUCUGUGUCUGAACAUGCAGUAUUGAUUUAAAUAAUUUUACGUAGUUUUAAUAACUUGAAUUAAAUGGUGUUCUACCUUCUGAAAGUUUU